AUGGCAAACAGGAGGCGUAGAAAUGCGGCUGGAGUUGAUGAAAUUGCGAAUGCAAUCCACAGGAUGGUAGAUGUGAUGCAGCCUAUUGCAGCGCAACCGAGAGCCAUGAUUCCACCUGUCAGACCUGUGAUAAUGGAGGAUUUUAUGCGCCAUAAGCCAGCAAAAUUCACUGGGAAAGCCACCCCAGAUGAGGCAGAUGCAUGGCUGCGAGAAUGCGAAAAGAUUUUCAGGGUGAUAGAGUGCACCGAGGCUCAGAAGCUCACCUUUGCCACCUUCCUAUUGGUGACCGAGGUAGAAUACUGGUGGAUGGGGAUGCAGAAACAAAUGCAGACACGAGAGGAGGAGGCAGUCACCGAGGAGUGGCGUUGCAGGAAAUUUGAAGGCGGCUUAAAACAUGAACUACGACUAUUCAUAGUGCCUUUGAGAGUUAGAGAAUUUCAAGUUUUGGUCGAGCAGGCCAAAAGUGUGGAGCAGCUUGAGAUGGGUCCUAGUCGGGUCACCCGACCUCAGAAAAAUAGUGCAGAGGGAAGACAACAAAAGAAGCCCUACAGUAGACCUUCAUCAUCCUCGCAGAAGUUAAGGUGCUAUAAUUGUGAAGGAGAGCACAUGAGGAGGGAUUGCAUUAGACCGGCAAGCAGUGGAGGGAGCAGUGUUAGCACUCGCAAGUGCUAUGCAUGUGAUCAGCUGGGGCAGUUUGCUAAUAAGUGUCCUAAUAAGAAGACUGCCCCUUGA